UCCUUCUGGAUGUCUAGUAGCGGUAAUAGAAGCAUGAACGCUGGAUUACAACCUUUCCACGGUGCAUAGGACGGGAUGUAAGGAUGACAUUUUAGCGGACUUUUCUUAAACGCCACUAACUGACAGCGUUUCAAGAACAAAUAGCAUAUUUUUGUACUGUAGAAGUCAGGAUGAUUGUAUGCCAGGCGGUGCUGGUGUUGGGGUUGUUCUGGGUCGGAACCGACGCGCAGGACUGGGGAUCUCUUGCAUGGCCCUUAUCGGGAGAAGAACCAGAACCGGACCCUUUCCUUCCUGAUCUAUCGGGCCAGUGCUGUCAGCAGAAGAUCAUGUGUCCGAUCAACGUGUACUUUGUCCUGGACACGUCCGAGUCCGUGGCCCUGCUGGAGAGUCCGCCGGGCAGCGCCGUGAACAGCAUCAAGGAGUUCACCAAGUACUUUGCCGUGCGUCUGAAGGACGAGACCUUCACCAACGGGGUGGAGAUCUCGUGGACCAUGGGAGGCCUCCACUUCUCCCAGAAGAACCAGGUCUUCAGCAAGAUCACCAACCGCGACGACUUCCUCCGCAACGUCAAGACCGUCAAUUACUUUGGCAAGGGCUCGUACAUUGACUGUGCCCUCAACAACAUGACGGAGGCCAUCGCACAGCACCAGUUCCCGACGAAGACGGUGAACUUCGCCGUGGUCGUGACGGACGGCUACGAGACGGGCCACCCGUGCGGCGGCAUCAAGGCGGCGGCCGAGCGGGCGAAAGACCACGGCAACCAGCUGUUCGCCGUCGCCGUGACGCAGAGUAAAUUCGAGGCGGGACUGCGAGAGAUCGCCAGCUCCCCGGUGGAAAUGUUCCGUGACGACUUUGUGGCCGUUGACCUGCCUCGGACCACAAAUGUGAACAUGCGAACAAUCGAACGGAUUAUUAAUACAAUGAAAAAUCGUGCCUAUCAGGAGUGUUUCAAGCCCAAGUGUGUGGAGCAGGAUGGCCCUCCUGGUCCGAAAGGUCGCAGAGGACCAAAAGGGCAAAAGGGCGGUAUAGGAAUGCACGGUGAGAAAGGUCAAACAGGACAACUGGGGGACCCAGGUCUCGAGGGUCCUAUCGGGCCUCCAGGGCCAAAGGGUGAAACUGGAGCGAAAGGAGCUAAAGGUGACAUCGGAGACCAAGGUGGCAAGGGUGCUGCCGGACUUCCAGGUCGCAAUGGAACAGAUGGACAGAAGGGCAAGAUCGGCAGGAUUGGCGCUCCAGGGUGCAAAGGAGAUCAAGGAGACAAGGGAAUAGACGGGUAUCCUGGAGAUUCUGGUGACCCUGGACCUGCCGGACCUGUGGGAGUGAAGGGGGACCCUGGGCGUGGAGGCAGGGCAGGCCCUCCUGGGCCACCGGGAGACGUUGGACCUAAAGGGGAGAGAGGAGCGCCAGGGACACAUGGAGUUCCAGGAGCCAAAGGGCCAAACGGAGCACCAGGAGGAGUUGGGCCAAAAGGAGGAGAGGGAAGACAAGGCAACACUGGAGCCAAAGGCACGCAAGGGAGAGUUGGACCCAAAGGAGAUAAGGGGGAGUCUGGCCAUGAAGGCGUGAGGGGACCGCCUGGAUCGGGUGGGGACAAAGGAACAAAGGGGCAUCCAGGUUUGGGAGGCCCUAGAGGACCACCAGGGGCAACAGGAACUCCAGGCACCCAGGGGCCUGCAGGGGACGCUGGAGACGAGGGUCCCAGGGGAGAUGUUGGUCCCCCAGGACCAAGGGGCGACCGUGGAAGAAGCGGUUUCAGUUAUCCCGGCUCGAGAGGAAAGACAGGCAACGAGGGCGCGAAAGGAAGAAAGGGUCCUCGGGGUAGCAGAGGGGACUGCGGGGCUAAAGGAGAUGCUGGGAUCAAAGGAGACACGGGUGACCCGGGCGAUGCUGGACUGGUGGGGCAGCCUGGGACCAGAGGGCCGUCGGGUGAUGCUGGUACUCCUGGGAACCCUGGGCCGGAGGGCGACCCUGGACUGAGUGAAUGUGAUGUGAUGAGCUACAUCAGAGAGACGUGUGGCUGUUGUGACUGCGAGAAGCAGUGUGGCGCUCUGGACAUUGUGUUUGUGAUUGACAGCUCAGAGAGCGUGGGGCUCACAAACUUCACCCUGGAAAAACACUUUGUCAUCAACACCAUGAACAAGCUGGGCUCCAUGGCAGCAGACCCCAACUCAGCUUCAGGGACUCGAGUCGGAGUUGUGCAGUACAGCCACAACGGAACCUUCGAGGCCAUCCGUCUGAACGACCCCAACAUCAACUCACUGUCUGCCCUCAAGAAGGCCAUCAAGGACCUGAAGUGGAUCGCCGGGGGGACCUGGACUCCGUCCGCGCUCAAAUACGCCUACGACACCAUCAUCCGCGACGGCAAGCGAGACGGCGCCAGGGUGUCCGCGGUGGUCAUCACAGACGGCCGCUACGACCCUAAAGACGAGCCCGGUUUGCUCCGGUCCCUGUGCCAGGACCCCGAUGUAGACGUCAUGGCCGUGGGGAUCGGGGACAUGUUCAACGUCCCGGUGCAGGACGAGACGUUGGUCAGCAUCUCCUGCGACCGACCGCAGCGCGUCAGAAACAUGACCAAGUACACAGACCUAGUGGCCGACGCGUUUAUCAAGGAGGUCGAGGACGUGCUUUGCCCAGACCCAGUCAUCAUUUGCCCAGACCUGCCUUGCCACACAGACAUGGCUGUGGCUCCUUGCUCUGACCGGCCUGUGGAUCUCGUCUUCCUGGUGGACGGUUCGGAACGCGUUGGCCAGGAGAACUUUGGCCGCGUGCAGCGCUUCAUCGAGAGGGUAGCACAGCGCCUCCCGAUGGCUCGGGACGGCAACGACACCACGGGAGCCCGCGUGGCCGUCAUGCAGUUCGCGCGGCCCAACCAGCACCAGGUGACGUCCGGCCUCACGCACGACCUCGGCGUCCUCAACGGCCGCGUGGAAAGCAUGCGUUACCUGGACGACUCGUCCGACGUCACCUCCGCCAUCACCCACGGCGUCAGCAACGUGCUGUUCUCCCAGCGCGUGCGCCAGACCAGGCGCGAGGCCGAGGUCAACUUUGUCUUCGUCACGGACGGCGUCACGGCGACCGAGGGGCUCAAGGAGGUUCUCGGGGUCAUGCGGAAAGAGCAGGUGGUGCCCUCGGUUGUCGCCAUGGGCAACGAGGUGGACAAGGAAGUCGUCAUGCAGUUGGCACACGGGGAUCGUAACGCGGUGUUCCGAGGGCCAGACUACGCACACCUGUCCGAGCAGAACUUUUUCGAUCGGUUUAUCCGCUGGGUGUGUUAAUGUAAGGCUGAGAGGAGUCAGAUGUUUAGGAGGAGUUAGAUGUUUAGGAGGAGUUAGAUGUUUAGUCUCCUCCUACCGCAGGUGCUUCUAUGUUUUAACUGAAUUUGUUAUGUUUGGUUUUAGUUUUGUUACAUGUGACCGUUCAUUCUUAUCCAUUCUCAUAGUUAAACCAGUUACAGGUUAAAACAGGAUUAACACAUUGUUUUCUGAUUAACACAAGUUAUCACAUAGCCUACUUGGCUACUUUUGAGCAAGUACAAUCUCUAGGGUUGGAUUGAUUUAGCAUCAAAUUCAUCAUCAUGCUCUCCCACUCCACAUGUCUCGGUACGACAUAAAAACAAAACACACAUUUUUGUUUGUAGUGAAAGGUUUUUACAUCCAGCCAUUGAUCCCAGAUUUACCCAGAUUUCCAAUGGCACUCUUCCGUGAUAUUCUAUUGCAGUGCCAGUAAGGUAAUACGUGGUGUCAUAACAUAUGCUAUGCCCCUGACUGGCUAUCAUGCUAACGUUUAGUUAACGUUAACAUUUAGAUAUCUCAGCAACACAGGGCAUGAGGGUUCGAAUUCGACAUGUGGUAAUUUCCUUACCCCAACCCAUCUCUCCCUUUUUCCAACUUGCUUCCUGUCUCUCCACAUAACAGGCAAGAGAGCCUAAAAAAUAUACUUUAAAAAAUUCCAUGUAGCUUUAGCAUUUGAAGCUCAUCCCACCCUCUGACUACUGUUAAUCUCCGAGUUUCCCACCCCCUGAAUCUCCACGUAGGCACAUUGAAAGCAUUUGUUUAAUGCCCUUGAGCAUUUCAUCUGUUUUGACAGGGGUAAAUAAGAAAUGUUAACUGCACAGCAACAGGCUGUGUGGCUGUGUUGAACAAUAUAUAUUACUGUUGGCUCAAUAUCAUCACUGUAUCAUGGGGGGGGGGGAAGUCAUACACAUUUGUGUCUGCCUUUAUCAAGGUGCUUAAUCUUGGUCUGGUUACCAAAAAUGACAUGUUGUAAGAUCCACUGAGUACCUUUGAACUCAAAUAAACAACGUUGUGUUUC